AUGGAAGCAUCGACAACAACCUCCGAAACCAUGAGCGGAUUCCGAAAGUGGUCGACAACCGCCUUGGUCAUUUCUGUCUGCGUUGUCGAUUCUGUCACGAUCGCGUAUGAUGGCUCCCUUAUGGGUUCUUUGAACGUCAUGGAGUCGUAUCACAAAUACUUUGAGCUUACUACGACAACCACGGCCGUCAACACGUGCGCCACUUUUCUAGGCGCUAUCAUUGUCGGACCGUUUACUGGCAUGCUCAUCGAUUGGAAGGGUCGCAAAAUGGGCCUCUACGCUGCUUGUAUUGUCAAUAUCCUAGGUGCCAUCAUCGCAGGUGCAGCAACAAAUAUUGCCAUGUUCAUUGCAGGCCGAGUUAUCAUUGGUGUUGGAGUCGGCCUGGGACAGACCGCAGCUGGCACGUAUGUUGCAGAGACUACAGCACCAUCCAUCCGUUCCUUUGCCCUUGGUCUCUACUUCUCGUGCUGGGCCGUUGGAGCGCUUCUCGCCGCUGGCGUAUCUUAUGGGUGCUCUAACCUUGAGCCGUCUAACUGGGCGUGGCGAGUCCCUUCCAUCUUGCAAGCAGCUCCACCUCUGGCUGUUUUUGGCCUUAUUCCCUUCCUUCCGGAGUCUCCUCGAUGGCUCGCGUAUAACGAUCGAACAGAAGAAGCGCUGCGUGUUCUGGCAAGGAUCAACGGUGCUUCAGAGCAACAUCCCGACGUCCAAAUGCAGUUCAAGGAGGUUGUGGAUACUUUGGGAUAUGAGAAGGGCGAAGGCCAGAGUCUGAGCUUUGCGGCCAUUCUCAAGUCUCCUGGGAACCGAAAACGCCUCUUGCUCGCUUUGUCGGUUGCGCCAUUGGCUAUGUUGACCGGCUCAAACAUUAUCACGUACUACUUUGGCAGCAUGCUCACUCAGGCCGGCCUCGGCGACCCAACCACCCAGCUACAGAUCAACGUGUGUCUAUCUGCUUGGCAGCUUGUAGUGGCAAUCAUCGGAUCAGGCCUUGCUGAGAAACUUGGUCGCCGAGUCCUCGCCUUGACCAGCUUGGGCCUUUGCUCCAUGUUUUUCUAUUUGCUGGCUGGACUGACUGCCAAGUUUGGAACAGCUGGCGACAUGGCCGGUACUUAUGGGACUGUGGCCUGUAUCUUCCUCUUCCUUGGUUCGUACGCCUUUGGUAUCACCCCAUUGACAGCUAUGUACGCCCCCGAGAUUCUGCCCUACAACAUGCGUGCGAACGGUAUCGCAAUGCAAGGAAUACUGAUCAAGUCUUGUGGUGUUCUGGUCUCAAUGGCUUUCCCAUACAUGCUGGAAGCCGUAGGGUGGAAGACCUACAUCAUCAAUGCGUCUUGGAACAUCCUGCUCUGGCUCUACAUUUAUUUCCAGUGGGUCGAGACUUCGGGCUUGACUUUGGAGGAUGUUGAUGCUAUUUUCGAUGGUGAAUUUCAUACUAGGCCAGGAGGAGUCGAGGUGUUGGAGAAAGGUAUCUCUCUCGAGGCCCGGGUCUCGAAUGUUUCAUCCCCAUGA